CCUCUCUCUUGUUCCAAGCUUCAAUGACUAUGAAACAGUCAUGAAUGCUGGGGUCUCUUCCAACUAUUGUAACCAGCAAAAGCUUGGCUUUUCUGUUUCAAGCAGCAACCAUAUAAACAGAAGAAUCCCUCUCGUUCCGAACUUCAAUCACCAUGACCCAUUCAUGAAUAAUGGGAUGUCUCCCAAUUAUUCUGACAGGUUAGAGCUUGGCUUUCCUGCUUCAAGCAGAAACCAUCAAAACAGAAGCCUUUCUCUUGUGCCAAGCUUCAAAAUUAGAGGUGAACCAUUGAAUAUGAUAGAGAGGAGGAGAAAAUUUGCGAGAAAUUACCAGUUUUCUCAUUCAGCAAGGCUUCUGGCCGCGCGAGAGAUUCUAAGAGGUCGUCUUAUAUCUGUUUUCUCCACCGGACGCCGUAUGCUCACCAGCCAGGAAGAAGCCAUCUACACGAGAUCAGGCCCUGGUUUCAGUUGUCAGAUUCAUUCUCAAAUUAAUCUUAAUAACUCGCGGCAACGUGGAGCGAGACUCACCAUAACAGAGCUUGAUGAAGAAGCAUGCUCACAUGAUAAUCAAAGCAGAUGCAAUUAUAGUGGAGCUCUUGCUCUUGCUCUUGCUCCUACUCCUGUGAGUGUUUAUUAUCCUUCUAGAACAAAUAAUGAGAAUGAAUAUGAUAAUGAUGUUGACAAGGGUGAUGGUAUAACUCAUAGUCUUCCUUGUAAGAAAUAUGGGCCAUACACGUGCCCGAGGUGUUUUGGAAAGUUUUCAACCUCACAGAAAUUUGCAGCUCACGUGAGCUCUCAUUACAAAUAUGAAACUAAAGCUCAGAGGGGGAGGAGGCUUAUGGCAAAAAUCAGAAAAAGAAAUCUCCGCCUUCAUCACUCGAGGGAGGGAAUAACACUUCUUCCUACAAAAGCAUUUGCUCAGCCCCAGCCUGUGAACAUGACCGAGGCAGAAGCUAAACGUGAUGGAGUAUUAUCUAAAGUCCUAAUCAAGGAAGAACCUGCCGAUUUUUAAGUCAAGUAUAUGUGCGCCAUGGAUUGGAUCUAUUAAGUAUUUACUGUUUUUCUUGUUUUGCA